AUGGUGAGCCCAAAAUGUAUGCAAUUGGAAGAAGAAUUCAAAAGCUUGAUCAAGGUAUGGCUUUCAGUCAUAGCCUCACUAUGUUACUGUUAUUUCAUAUCAUCAAAAAUACCCAAAGGCUUGUUUAGGUUUCUCUCCAUUCUCCCAAUUUUGUACCUCUUCACCAUCCUACCUCUUCAACUCUCCACUGUCCUUCCAACAGGUAUCACUGCCUUCCUCAUCACUUGGCUCACCAACUUCAAACUCCUUCUCUUCACUUUUGAUUUGGGUCCACUCUCUUCUAACCCAUCAAAACCCCUUCCCCUUUUUCUCUCCUUUGCAUGCCUCCCAAUUAGACUCACCCAUAAACAAACAGACCCAUCUAACCAAAGUCCCUUCAAAUUAAAAUUGUAUCUCAUUCUUCCAAUCAAGGCCUUGCUUGUUAGUGUGCUACUAAUAGGCCUAAAUGAUCACAAACAAAAGUUUCACCCCAUUUUUAUUCUUGGCCUCUAUUGCACCAUUGUGUAUCUAUUGUUGGAUGUUAUUUUGGGACUAUGCAACAUUGUGAUCAAUGUUGCACUUGGAAUUGAGCUUGAGUUGCCGUCUGAUGAGCCUUAUUUAUCAACAUCAUUGCGUGAUUUCUGGGGAAGAAGGUGGAACCUUAUGGUAACACAUCUUCUGCGACACACUGUAUACAUGCCCGUGAGAUCAGUGAUGUCCAAUACCAUAUUGGGCACCCAGUGGGCUUCAGUGCCCGGAGUCAUGGCAUCUUUCUUAGUGUCUGGGCUAAUGCACGAGCUGCUAUUCUACUACUCCACACGUGCCACUCCCACGUGGGAGGUCACGUGCUUCUUUGUGCUCCAUGGGGUGUGCGUAGUCGUGGAGUUUUGUGUGAGGAAGCGAUCGGGCCACAAGGGGAGACUCCAUUGGGCCGCGUCGGGGCCCAUAACGGUGGCGUUUGUUAUAUCCACCGCUGCAUGGCUCUUCUUCCCACCGCUGUUGCGCGACGGCGUGGACGAGAGAUUGAUGAAGGAGUUCAAACAUGGAGUGGAUUGUAUGAUGCCAAAUUUUUACAGGUUCUAUUGA